AGUGUGGCCAAAGUGAACACAGACAGAUGGGUAAAGGAGAAUUGAAACGUCCUGCUCAUUGAAGAAAAGAGACGCGCGCCUGAGUCCCCGCUGUCUCCAGAUGUUCUACCGUGGGACUAGCGGGAGCCCCAGCUCCUCCCUUACAGCACUGAGGCAAAAAGAACAAAUCACCGAUGUGGAAAAAAAGGGGUUUGGCAUCAAGCGAUCAACAGCCACUGAGAUGGGAGCGCCUUUCCGGGGAAAACAAAUCCGGCAUAAAUAAUUGUGACACACUCGCGAUCCUUACAGACUCCUCGCCUCCAAGAUUUCCCCGGCACUAACAAAAAGGGAGAGGAAGAGAGAAGCAGGACUGGGGGGAAGCAACCCAGAGGCAAACUUUGAGCCCUGGAAGGAGAGAGAGAAAGAGAGACAGAGACACAGAGAAAGAGACAGAUAGACAGACAGACACAGAAGGGAACCGAGGACAGAAGAAAGGGUCAAAAUUGGGGGCAGCUGAAGACAAAGUGUAGUGAGACAGCAAGAGACUCGAGAGAAGGAAGAUCUAAGUGAAGAAGGGAGGGUGAAGCGGGGGCCCGAUGGGCAGCACGCGUUUCCCCGGUGGGGCUUUGCCCUCCUGGACAGCUGCACCCGGUAACUCCAGUCUUUGGGGGUCUUCGGCCAGCAGCCCCACGGCAGCCCCCAACGGGAGCCUGGAUAUCUCGGGGGGCGACAAUCGGAACGAGGAGCUGGCCAAGCUGGAGAUCACCGUGCUGGCUGCGACUUUCGUGGUGGCUGUGCUGGGCAACAGCAGCGUCCUUCUGGCCUUGCACCGCACCCCGCGCAAGACGUCUCGGAUGCACCUCUUCAUCCGCCACCUCAGCCUAGCCGACCUGGCCGUCGCCUUCUUCCAGGUGUUGCCCCAGCUGUGCUGGGACAUCACCUACCGCUUCCGCGGCCCCGACGGUCUGUGCCGCGUCGUCAAGCACCUGCAAGUCUUCGCCAUGUUCGCCUCGGCGUACAUGCUAGUGGUGAUGACCGCCGACCGCUACAUCGCGGUGUGUCACCCUCUGAAAACUCUGCAGCAACCUGCCCGGCGCUCCCGGGUCAUGAUCGCCGCAGCCUGGGCGCUGAGCUUCGUGCUCAGCACGCCCCAGUACUUCAUCUUCUCCAUGAUCGAGGUCAACAACGUCACCAAGGCUCGCGACUGCUGGGCCAACUUCGUCCAGCCCUGGGGGCUCCGCGCCUACGUGACCUGGAUGACCGGAGGCAUCUUCGUGGCCCCCGUCAUCAUCUUGGGUACCUGCUACGGCUUCAUCUGCUACCACAUCUGGCGGAAUAUCCGCGGCAAGACGUCCACCGUGAGGACCAAGGAGGAAGAGGAGGCAGCCGCCGGAGCCCUGCGCAAGGGGCUCCUGCUGGCCCCCUGUGUCAGCAGUAUCAAGUCCAUUUCCCGGGCCAAGAUCCGCACGGUGAAGAUGACUUUCGUGAUCGUGACAGCCUACAUCGUGUGCUGGGCGCCCUUCUUCAUAGUCCAGAUGUGGUCUGUCUGGGACCAGCAGUCCUACUGGACCGAAUCUGAGAACCCUGCCAUUACCAUCACUGCUUUACUGGGCUCCCUGAACAGCUGCUGCAACCCCUGGAUUUACAUGUUUUUCAGUGGCCACCUCCUACAAGACUGUAUACAGAGUUUUCCCUGCUGUCGAAAAAUGAAACAACCAUUGAGUAAAGAAGAUUCUGACAGCCUGAGCAGAAGACAGACUUCUUUCACCAACAACCGAAGCCCCACAAAUAGCACAGACACCUGGAAAGACUCCCCUAAAUCUUCCAAGUCUAUCAGGUUCAUUCCUAUUUCAACCUGACUCCUCUGUCUAUGCAGUGAGACUUCCUUGAGAAACGAUUGAAAACUUUAGGUGGGCAAAGCCAGGAAUCAUUGGAGCAUAAGAAGCAUUUGAAAUGCAAUUUAAGUGUAUGGUACUGCGUUUCUAGAGAGCUUCUCUCACUGUUGUAAACAAAGCAGUAAAUAAUUUUGUAGCAAUUGUUAUUGAAAACUCACUUUGCUAAAAUCUGGAAAAGUGAUUCCUCCUGGAAGAAUUGAAGUUAUUUUUCUAAAGGAAAAAAUCAUAGUCAAAUAUUUCCCCCCCCCCAAACCAUCUCUCCUUCCCUCCUCCCCACCCCUCUUCGGUUUUAUUCUUUUCUAUUUGUUCCCAAAAUAACUAAUGCGUGAUUAGUUUAUUAUAAUAUUCAUUUACUUUAGAAGCACCACUUUUGAUUAAUUACAAGCCACCCACCCCCUGAAAGGAAUUAAAAACAGUUCAAAGCAAUCAGUGUCUCAGGAAAUUGAGGAAAUGAUCUCUGCUGCCACAAAAGUAAGUUGAGGACAGGUAUCCUAGGUCCUUCUCAUUAACUUUAUGCAAAAAAAAAAUGGAGGUGUUAUCUUACUACUGCCUUUGAGCAUGAGACCAUCUCUCUGCAACUUGUAAUCUGGAACUAUGGAUGAACUGCUGAAGCCUUAGACCAGAGAAGAAAGCUUCUCAUACUAACAUAUUUCCACCUUAGAAAUGGAAAAUGAUGGUUAUCUUGUGGGGUUUUCAUAUAUAAAGAAGUUCCUAGAACUGUUUUUUAAAAAGCUAUGGGGGUAGAGAUUUAGAGAGGGAAAGGAUUUCAGAAGUCAUUGAGUUCAAUACCCAGCUUUCUUUCUUUCUUUUUUUUUUUUUUAAAGAAACAGAAAAGCAGAGUGAGAUCAAGAAAAGUUGAGACUGAAAAUCACAUAGAUAUGAAGUGGCAAAAUCAAGAAAAUUUGAAUCCCUGACAGCACUUUAAGACACUUUUUUCUGCACCAAACAGAAAUAUGGGAAGCUGGUAUUUUUUGUCUUUGCUUCUUUAAAAUAGUAAAAUUCUAAGUUUUUGAAAGAAUAACAUUGAAUAUAGAUUUAUUCCCCUGAUACUGAAAUUGCCUUGACCUUUGCUUUUGGCCCCAGACCCCUCUUGCCACUUGGCAUUUUUAUAGCACUAGUGCACUCAGAAACAUACUGUUUAUUUUUAUCCACUAAUAUGGAUGGUUUAGUGUCUGGGUUAUCAAAAUUCUAAAAUGCAAAUAUAGCUCUGCUGAUUCAUCGGGAAAUGUUUCCAAUGGACAGGAAAAUAAUUCAUUUUGAAGCAAAGUCUUGUUUUAAGGUAAGAAAUGCUUACCUUUAGAGACAGGUGAAUUAAGGGCCUAAACCAUCCAUUUAGUUGAUUUCUGAACAAGGGCAAAUUAUAAUUUUGCCUUUUCUGUUUACAUAGCAUCUAUUAUUAGGGAACUCAGUGUGCUUUUCAGCCCAUUAUGCUUGCCCUCUACUUUCCUCGUGGAAAUGAUGCCAGGGUUUUUAUGAAACAUUAUAAAUGCUUUGGGUUCCUUAGAGCAAAUGAUAUUUGCUUUUGACAUUAUUGUUGCAUGUGGACAUGUGUGUUUGAUAUGAGGAAAGCUAUUUUUUCCCUUCUUUGUAGAUAAGACACUAAGACAUAUGCAUCAGGAAGCAUGCCUCUGGGUGGAAAAAUAUCAUCUUGCCUCUUCAUUCCUCUGCCAUUCCAAAUCUUUAAUUAUUUUACUCCCUAAGGUGCUAUAUAUUAUGAAAAGAAAAAAGGAGGAAGGGAUGUUGAGAGGAAGGGCAAUGCAAUUUAUGAAUGGCAACCCUUAAGUUAUCACAGUUGUGUUUUCUUAAAGAUAAGACUUUCUUUCAAACGUUGUGCUCAAGCAGAUAAUUGCAUACUUUGAGAUGCCCCCACAGGUGAGAAUACUCUGUAACAACAGCCUGUUCAGACUUGGUAAAUAUAAAGACACCAUUUAAGAUUUUUAUCUGCAUUUAAAGGGAGGAAAGAAGAGAGAGAGAGAGAGAGAGAGAGAGAGAGA